AAAUUUGUGAGUUAUUUUGUGGUUAAAAUUCCGUCGAUUAAUUUAUUUACACAAUAAAUUGAAUAUAACUUUAAGAAUGUUUUAUGUAUGAAUAAAACUCGAUCUUAGACAUGGUAAUGGAAUCGAAAACAACAAGCAAAACCAGUUGCUUGAAAGCUCUCCUACUACGUGCGUGGCGAGAAAGAUGGUCCGAUUUGCAAUGGGGCAUCAACAUAAAAACAGUCUUACCCCGAGGUGUAAGCGGAGACGUGUACAAUUUAGCCGACUGCAUUCUCCAGCAGGCUGUCGUGGGCGCCGGAGCUAAUCAAUUAGUGUUGAGCUACUUAAGGCACUCGCUUAGCGCCCAAUUAGUGUCUCACGCGGCCGUUCUGCAGAGGUUGAGUAAAUACAGUCAAAUGAGUAAGGUCCACUGUGUUUACAGCCUGUUGGAGUUCCUGGAAGGUAUGUUGCCUGGCAUUACGGUUAGUUGUGGAAAGCCGGAAGAGAGUGUUCUGGCUUCAGCCGUUCUAUCAGUCGCCCUGUGGUUGUUGAAUAUCUUACAGCAUUGCCAUGCUAACGCAAAAAUUGUACAGAAAGUAUCGGAAUUGUUGAAAGUUUUGCUUACUGACGAUUUCUACGUUUCUAUGAUGUGCCUUGCCAGGCAUAUCGAUCCAGAACUAUUCAACGAGACGAAUCGGAAAUGCAUAGAAUUAGAAUCGAUUAUAAAAGAACCAGAUGAGAAUUUAAAGCAAAUAAGGAAACUCGCAAAUAUAGAUGUCGGUGUCUUACAGUUACCCGUUAAAUGUGAUAAUUGGCCGGGUUCGCUCAUCCAAUGUUGGCUCGAGGUGAAACUUACAGGUAAUCCUGGAACAUCUACAGCCACUUUGGCCCAACAAUUGCAAGUAUUUAAGAAACUGAAGGGAUUCAGUAACGCGAGAUUGUACGCUGAAUUAAUGAGAGGCAGUUUGAUGGCUUUAUACAACGUUAACCAAACAACUCACGAGAGCCAGUGGGGAGCGUUCGCUUUCAUUAAAGUACCCCAUAUUCUCAUAGAAUUAGCGGCGAAUUCUGAUAGUUCCAGCAUAGUUACGGCUUUAGAACUCAUGUUACAACACAGCCCUUUGUUGGAUGCUAUGGACGCGAACAGCUCGUGCUCGAGCUUCGAAUGUCUCCUAAACGAGCUGUCCAAAAACAAGCUACUCGUUGAUCAGCAAGUGAAAAUGUUUCUGGAGAAGAGAAAGACCCCGCCUAAUUUAAAACUGGACGCCGGACCGGGAAACAACAUGCCUACAUACUGGCACAUUUGCGCGGAAUCUACCCUAACGGGAAUUCUAAAAACGCUGUCGUCUGAUUACCAAAAAAUCCAAGACGCUUUAUUAAAAAUGCUCCAUCAAGUCCUGGCUGGUAAAAGCUUCGAAUUGAUCCUCGCCGUGGCGACCGUUCAAGACAAGCUCAGCACCCUCGUAAACAGGUUGAUUAAAUUCAACGAAUGCUCGAAGUCCGCCGGAGAGGCCAAAUCGCAACUGUUCGACAUCACCUUCGUCAUGUUGGUAACAAUUGUUCAAAACUACGGCACCAGCGUACUCCAAGACUGCGACGGCGACUCGUUGUUCGAGCAAUGGGUUAAAUUAUGCAUGAUCGAACGGCAGAAACCCAAAGCGUCCGAUCAAAUCUUACGAUUAGGCGAUCCUGCGAUCGUUCAAUCGCUCCUAGAGCAAUUCAAUUCGGGCGAAUCCGAUUUCAAGCCGGGCAUCAAAUGGCAGGACGUGCUAUUCAACAUCCCGGGCGUGAUGCACGAAGUACUAGUCGCCUGGGAACAAGGAGCCCUAGUACCGCAAGACGUCAAACGCAUCCUCGACGCAGUCAGAGGCAAAAUGUGCUGUCUAACAAUAGCGGCGGCCGCUUGGCUGUGCGCCUACAUGACAACGGCUCCCCAAGAAACUUUAUUGAAGCCCAUCAACAUGGUGCAGCAACUACUUAAUACGCCCGCUUCCGAAGAGGAAAACGUGACCGACAGAUGGCAAUUGACGUUUGAAAUUAUCAGGAAGAUGCAGCGGGACGUGCAAUUGCCUUUACCUACUAAAAGCGGCCACCAUUUGGUGUCCAGGCAGCCGGCUAACGAGCAAUUGGCCCAAGCUUGGAAAUGGGGUAUAUUACGAGGAUGGUUGGAUCACGAUUCAGCUAGGAUCCUCCACUGUCUCCUCGAUACGGCUGGAAGCAGGUGGUUGGUGGCUGCGGUAAUCAAAGAACUGGUUAAGUUGAGAUACAGGGAUCAGCUGCAAAAGGGAAUCGAUUUGGCUCUAGCUAUGUUUCACGUGGAUAUAGUGGGUUGUACUCAAGAAUUGUUAUCCCACGUGCUGCCCCAGUUGUUGUACAACGACAUUCAAGCGAAUAUGCUGAUGGAGCCCCAGUUACCGGCCUUGGCUUACUUGACGAGUUAUUGCGUGUAUACUGCUUGGGAUGCUUUAUCGGAGAAUGUGGACGCCGAGCCUCCGCUGGCGAAAAUCAGUAGGCUGGAUAAGGAAGAAGAAACCAAACCGCUGGAUCAACUGCUAAACUCCCUGCGUCAUCUAUUGCAUAUGUUUGAAGGGGUGAUUCAGGAAGGAUCGAUAACUCAACAGACUUAUUUCGCUUUUUACCUCAUCAAAUCUCUCGUGGAAGUCAAAGUACCGGCGGCCGGUGCUGUCUUGUCCGCCGUACCGUCCUCUUUGAUAUCGGAUUUGUUAAAAACGAUGCCGGAAUUGUUCAGUUAUCCCCUACUCUUGCACAUUCACGACGUUCACAGCUCGUCCGGGAGGCUAAACAUGGCCAAGGAUUUGUGCAUUUUGAGAAACUAUCAUCUUAAAAAUUACAACAACGCAAACGUACGAUAAUAGUUGUAUAUUGUCUUGUUAUUGCUUUAUCAGCAAUGGCACGUGUAUGUUUGAUUAAUGAUUAAUUUAAGCUAGAUCGCUAAUAAAAUUGAGUUUUAUUAGAUUUGAAAUAGUUCAUUAAGAUGUAAAUUUUAUAUUAAACUUUACCUAUAAAUCGUUUUUAA